GGGGAGAACAGUGGAGACUAUACAUCACAGCACCUGGACCACAGAAGAUGAGUAACAACAAGAAUCGUUAGAUUUCUCCUGCCUGUGUUCCUCCAGGAGGCUGAAUUCAAAACCUGUAGCUAAUGAAGGGAAGGUGAAACUGAAUGUUACAGCUGCGUUAUUUCAGCAGCUAUUUCUAACCGUUCAGCUCUUUUCCUCCGACACAUUUUCUCCCCCUAACACCCACUUUCCAGCUGCGCCCGUACGUUUCUAAUUGAUCAAACAUUACUUAUUACCGCCAACACGGUUCUGCGCAAUGGCUUGGGUGUUCAAAUAAGAAAACUGCUCUCCAGCGUCUCGCAGGAGGCUGGCGAGGUCUUGACGAGCUAUCCCAGGGUGCCGUAGUGCCUUGAAUAAAAUUACCAACCGCUGGAGUCGGAAAGGGGGGACGUGUGUUAAAAUGCAUAGUAGUACACUACGGGGUAGGCUGCCGUGAAACUGACUCCAUUCCGGCUCUUUCCCCGCGAGUCUCGCGUUCGAAUCUAGUGCGCGAGUGGAGCCAAAAUGGCGAAUGCAGCUCUGCAGCUUCUCGGUCCCCUCUUCUAGUUUUUUGCUAAGUCCCUCCCACCUAUGACUCAGAGGGAAUCUGCGAGGUGUAUUAAAAUGACAGAUCAACCCUGUCCACGUCAACACCGAAGUAUACCUACACCAUGGAAUCUGUGGCUCUGGAACCGUCUCUCUACACAGUGAAGGCUGUUUUCAUUCUGGACAAUGAUGGUAACAGACUCCUGGCAAAGUAUUAUGAUCCAGAUCUCUAUCCCUCCAUGAAGGAACAGAAGAAUUUUGAAAGGAAUGUCUUCAAUAAAACUCAUAAAACAGACAGCGAGAUCGCCUUUUUGGAAGGGAUGACUAUCGUCUACAAAACCAGCAUCGACCUCUUCUUCUACGUGGUUGGCAGCGCACAGGAAAAUGAGCUCAUGCUGAUGGCCGUUCUAAACUGUCUGUUCGACACUCUCAGCCUGAUGUUGCGGAAGAAUGUGGAGAAGAGGUGUCUGCUGGACAACAUGGAUGGGGUGUUCCUGGUGGUGGACGAGAUCAUCGAUGGGGGGGUGAUUCUGGAGAGUGACCCCCAGCAGGUCAUUCAGAAGGUCAACUUCAGGACCCUGUCCGAGCCGGCCUACGGCUUCGUCCUGUUCGACUACAUCACCGGUAACACAGAGGCCGCGCGGGACAGCAGCUCGAGCACGUAGCGCGGCAGGCGGAGGGGGAGGGAGGGAGGGGCUCGGAGCAGGUAACUGCACGCCAGCAUGCGAGGAGGCGCGCGACGCUUGGCGCUGUGAUGAGGAAACGGACUUGCACGCCGUCCCACACCGGCAAAGCCCCCACAUGCGAUGCCCCCAGUUUGGCCAGUGUGUGAAUGCAUUGCUUUUUCCAACAGUGCACGACCAUGCCUUUUGUUUUUGGUGUGUGUGUGGGGGGGUGGGGGUUGCAUUAUCACCUUCUCCCACUUCUCCCAAAGCUCAAACCCGACACGUUCUCACGAGGAAGGAGAGGUGGUCCAAGCGCAGAGCUCCUCCCCUAGUUUCAGUUUCACUGAUCGAACGCAUUUAGGUGUCAAGUGCUGUUUCUCCUUCCCUGGUGCCAUUUCUCAGAUACUCCUUCACAUCCUUACGUGUGUGUUUUUUGUGGAUUGUGUGAAUUUGUGCAUGUGUGUGUGUGUGGAUUUUUUUAACUUGAAUUGAUGAAAAUCUUACAGCCUCUUAAUGAGAUGCAAUGAGAUUAAUGAGACUUUCAGCUGGAUUGGUUUGAAACACUGGCAUGAAAACAGAACCACUAACACCUGUUAGGGUGUUUUUUUUAACCACCCAGUCAUGUCUCUUAGCACACUAGUGUGCUCUAUCCACCAGACCCACAACAGUGGUAUAGACCUUGCAGACAGUAAGGCAGCAGUUCUGUUAGAAGAACAGUCGACAUUUAAGUAGACAUUUAAAUCUGAGAGCAGGGGGCACUUCCUUACACAGAGGGUGUUGGGGGUGUGGAACAAGCUGUACAGCCCUGGUCUGGAAGCCGACAAUGCAGGCGCUUUCAAGGAACAGCUGCACAAGAGCCUUGAUCUUUUUAACUAGCGGACAACAGACAAUCUAGAUGGGCUGAAUGACCUCAUUUCCAGGAUGUCUCAUGUUCUCAGACCGGUUUUCUCACACGGUCCUGCUUCCUGUAAAAUGAAACAGGGCAGCCAGCAGGGCCUACAAUGGAACGCGCCCUUUCAUAUUCAUCAGUGUCAUUUUAGAGCUUUGGGAAAGUGCGCCUGGCAGAAAGUGUCAGAACUGACGGUGCCCAUACUCAUGUGGUCUCCUUCUCCCCCCCCCAUGCC